UGGAGUUACAGCACAUGACUUUCCAUCUGGAUGCUGCUCCGAGCACCUUUAAUGAAGACAGCUGCAUCUCUCCAAACUUCACAAGACCCCUGACUGUCCGACACACACCUCCAGCGGAACAAAGCCGUUUUAAAAGUAACUUUCCCACGAGUCGGGACGUUUCAAGCAGACCUUCACACAGCCAAAGCAUGAGGCUCCAGUGCGUUUCCCUCCUCGUCUGCGCUCUGCUCAUUGGCGAGUGCUGCGGCUCUCGCCUGGACCGCUGGGUCCGAACCGGACUUCAGUACCUGAAGCUCAACCUGUGCCGGAGGGUCUCUCUGCCGGAGAGCGAGUGCAAGAAGCUGUCCCACCUGCACCUGAGCGGGCUGCUCGUGUACGUGACGGACUCGGGCUCGGGGAAAGUGCUGGCGAUCCUGCCGGACUCGUACUCGAGCGGCGCGCCGCAGUCCAAGCAGAGCGGCUUCUCCGCGGACGCGAGCGCGGAGGACGAGCGCAGGGCGAACGAAGAGCUGUACCCCGGCGCGAGCGCGCACGACGCCGCGCUGCUGCUGGACCCCAGCCCCGGCGAGAGCUUCGGACACCCGGUGGUCCUCUUCUACGUGGACUUCAACACAACCAAGAAGAAAUGUGCUCACAUGGACGGCAUUUAUCUGGGGGAGGAGUGCUUGACGAUGGCCGUGAAGACACGUUGCCAGAACCAGCUGAAGCGGAGGAGGAGCCGCAGCGACCGCAUGGCGAGCCGGGCGAGGGCCCGCAGGAGCCCGACGGGCAGAACCGGCCGAGCCGAGCACAGCAGCGGCCUCUGUGAGAUUCACUUUCUCCCUCUGGUUGUGGGAGUGAAAGACAGCAACCGAACCCAACGCCUGCACUGUGUAGAUCACCCAGACUUUGCCAGAUGCCCACAGCCUUUGCCGCUGACCAGCCCCAGCGCACCCAUCUCCAGCUGUGAGCUCAAUAAAAACACCCGCCGGUGCCAUCAGCAACGCCUGGCCACACACCUGUCCUGCCGCCUCUACCAGACCUGUGAUCAUGCUGUUCUCCUGUCAGGUGGCUGGCAGGAGCAGAUAACAUACCAACAACAUGCAAAGAACCUGCAGCUCUUCUACCAAAUGCUGAGGAACAACGGCUUCCACAAGGACCACAUAAAGACAUUCUUUGCUGGGAACGGACAGGUAGCAGCUAAAGAGACCGAGGGCAUGUAUCCGGCCACAGAGAAAGAGGUGAUCAGGAAUCACAUCUCCUACAUCUGCCGGAAGCAGCACUGCGUGGAUUCUCUGGUUCUGUAUCUGAACAGCCCAACACGCAACGACGGCACCAUGCUGCUCUGGGACCGCAAUAACAACGGCAUUGCAGACCUGAAGGAGCGUUACUCUGUGGGAGAACUGUUGGCGGAUCUGGCCGGAUGCAGGGCCAGUCGAGUACUGCUGUUUGUGGAGCAGAGCUACAGUGGAGUCCUCAGCAAGAGACUGAUGGGAUCUCUCAAACACGUCAAUGUCGUUCUGCUGAACGGCCUGCCCUGGGUGCACACAGCUGAGUUCUGGGCCUCUCUGCACCCAUCCGAGUGCCUCGUAGACCACCUCAGUAAGCAGGGUUCUGCGAUUCCUCGACUGGCAGAUGCCGCUCUGGGACUGAUGAACGUGACUCUGGCCGGUGCUCCGUGCAACUCCACCCCUCCUCUCACCGAAGCCGAAAUGAGAAAAGAGUACAUGGGCUGCCAGAACCUCCCCACGGCUCUGUGGUACCAAAAACGUCUCAAGACCGACAACAGCAGGAAUUGAGCGAACUGACCAGGACUUUCAGAAGGACUAGAGCCAACUCUACAGUUCCCAACACGUAAUUCGGACUCUCCAGUGGAGUACUUCCAUGAAAAACAAGUACCAACGAGUAGUCCUAGAACUAUGACUUUGUAUAAUGCACAAACUUCAAACCCAUGACCAGCGCUUUCCUCUCACAAACACAGAGACACACACACAUACACACACACACACGCGCACGCAAAACAAUCUACCUGUGUGUGUGCACUUAAUUCACCCGGUGAUGCACAUAGACCCUGACAAGCUGUUGAGGAACGGAGACUACAUAAUGUGUGCUUAAGAGAUCGAAAGAAGAGGCGGUAAUGCAGGACAGAGAGAGAGAAAGCGUCUGACAUGUCCUCACUUUGAACCUCAUCUCCCCUGCUUGCUGCUCCGUAGAAGGCGUCCCGUGGGGAGCGUCCCAUGCGAACUUCUCCUCUCUCCGCCUGCCGUGGGGGUUCAGCGCAGGGGCAUCCGCGCUCCUUUACCAGAGUGCUCUUCCGUGGGUCAUCGCACAGGGCGCGCCUGGAAAUGAACAAUGGUGACAAGGCCACUCUGAAACACACCUCACACUCACUUGAACAUUUCAGGACAAAUCUCCCCGUCCCUCCUUCAGCUCAGUGAGGGACAGGGCGGUCCAGCAUGAUUUAGUAAUGAGAAAUGUUCCCUCACCACGUCUGGACCCUAGCAGACACUGGGCUCUGCAAGCAUGUAUUUAAGUCUGACCUCUUAUUCCACGCUGUACUAACCACCCUGUCCGCAGUAUUCGCUUAUCUCCGCAAACAUUUAAUCGCCAGCCGCCGAUAAUGUUGACAGUGACGAGAAGGUAUUUCGGGCCCCAAGCCAGAUCCUGUGGGAAUUCAUAUGCAUUCUUCAGAAAUGACAGACAGUUGGAUGAUGUUUUUCUGCAGUGCAUCUACUUGCUCAGAAAUGUACGCUCUCAUUCAAAAGUUUGGGGUUAGUACGUUUUUUUUAAUGUUUUUGGAACAAGCAAGUCUCUAUGGUUCAGCAUUUAUUUGACCAAAAACAAGCAAAAACAGGUUUCAUUUUAAAUUAUUUUUUUAGCCUGCAGAAAUCAUUCCAAUAUGCUGGUUUGAUGCUCGAGAAACAUUUAUCAUCAUCAUCAUCAUCAAACAUUUCUUAUUUAUUUUCAAUCAAUAUUUUUCUGGGAACCGUGAUGCAUUUUUUUCAGGAUACUUUGAUGAACACAAAGCAUUUAAUUAAGAACAGCAUUCAUUGGAAACUGAAAUCUAUAGCAUUAUAAACAUCUUUACUUUCUCAUCUGAACAAUUGAAUGUGUCCUUGCUAAAUAAAAGUUUUACUUUAUUUAAAAAACCUACUGACCCCAAACUUUUAAACAGACUCCCAUUUGUUCAUACUCUUCUCAUAGUAUUAUUGAUGUGAGCGGGCCAAAACCCAUCAAACCUCAGUGCAUUGUAGCCAAUCCUUAACUCGAAGCCUAAAUCAUUAAAGAUAAAUAUCUGUUUUUGUAUAGUUCAGAAAUGUGUUAUCCUGUAAAUAUUUCUGUCAUGUUCUACUUAAUGAAUGGAUUUUAAUGUCAGUUGUCUUAAAGGACUAUACAUGUGAUUGUUUGUGUUAAACCAUAGUUGGAGUGAAAAGAUGUAAAUACUCUAAAUAAAUUAACUUUUGUACAUAGUCAGGGUUGUAUUUAUAGAUUUUUUUUUUUAUAUUUACUUGACCAACUUGUGCACAUUUCACAAAAAAAACAUACAAAAUACAUAGCUAAGGUUUCCAUGAAAGGCAGUAGCUGCUCUUCAUAAAGAAAAGUGUUGUUUCUGUGGUUCAUAAAAAUCCCUUUAAUAUCCAGCAGUUUAUCUUUUAAAAUGAAUUACAUUUCUUGUUCAGUUCAGUACAUUCAAAAAUGCAGUUUGUUUCAAUUAAAACUAGAAUUCAAUAAAGAAAAAAAGGAAAAAGAGAAUAUGUGAAACACCUCUCAAGUUCAGCAUGUCAAUAUUAAAAUAUUGGUCUAAUGUAAAUGAUGAGUUUUUCCAUGUUUCGAAUCUCAAAUUAUAAAAAUGGAUGUGAACAAAACAGACAUGAUAGAUAAGGGGAUAGUUCAUGAGGCUUGGUAAAACAUCCAAACUUUGGUGAAAAUCUUUUGACUCAGCCUAAAGAGGUCUGGUGGUUUUUUAAAUUAUGUUUUUGGACGAAGAAAUUGGGAAAAUCAAUUUUUACAUU